CACCAGCAGCUGCUGCCCACCUAGAGGCUCCGCCCUUCUCCCCUCUCCCCCCCACCCCGCCCCCCCCACCCCUCCCCCAGGCUCGCUCGGCGCUCGCUAGGGUCCGCCGCCUGGAGGAUGCUUGGAAUGUGUCGCGGGCGCAGGAAGUUUCUGCUGGCCACCGUCGCCCUGCUCUUCAUCCCCGCCCUCACCUGGCUCUACCUCACGGCCGGGAACUUCCAAGUGAAGCCCCUGCCUCUCUCGCCCCUGGAGUCCCAGCCGCCCUCCCCCCCCGCGGGGGGGCCCGGUGAGCGCCAGGCUCUGGAGCUGCGGGUGCGGGAGGUGGAGGAGGAGAACCGCGCGCUGCGCCGCGAGCUCAGCAAGCCGCCGCCGCCGCCGCCGCGGAGCCCGCAGGCCCUGCGCGGCGGCGGCGCCCGUCACCGCGGCAACCAGAGCCGGAGCCACUCGGAGGAGGGCACGGGCGACAGCGACGGGAAGGGCGGCGCGGCGGCGGCGGCGGCUAACGGCUCGGACUGCGCCCAGCAGCCGCCGGUGGACAAGUGCGAGACCAUCCACGUGGCCAUCGUGUGCGCGGGCUACAAUGCCAGCCGUGACGUGGUGACCCUGGUGAAGUCUGUGCUGUUCCACAGACGGAACCCGCUCCACUUUCACUUCAUCACCGACGCCAUCGCCCAGCAGAUCCUGGCGUCUCUGUUCCACACCUGGAUGGUCCCGGCCGUGCGUGUCGACUUCUACGACGCAGACGAGCUGAAGUCGGAGGUAUCGUGGAUCCCCAACAAACACUACUCUGGGAUCUACGGGCUGAUGAAGCUGGUGCUCACCAAGACGCUGCCCUCUGACCUCCAGCGGGUCAUCGUGCUCGACACCGACAUCACCUUCGCCACGGACAUCGCCGAACUCUGGGCCGUCUUCCACAAGUUCAAAGGCCAGCAGGUUCUGGGUCUGGUGGAGAACCAGAGUGACUGGUACCUGGGGAACCUGUGGAAGAACCAUCGGCCGUGGCCGGCUCUGGGCCGGGGCUUCAACACCGGUGUGAUCCUUCUCCUGCUGGAUCGCCUGAGGAAGCUGCGCUGGGAGCAGAUGUGGCGACUGACCGCUGAGAGGGAGCUGAUGGGGAUGCUGUCCACAUCGCUGGCAGACCAGGACAUCUUCAACGCGGUGAUCAAACAGAACCCCUUCCUGGUUCACCAGAUGCCCUGCUUCUGGAACGUCCAGCUGUCCGACCACACCCGCUCCGAGAAGUGCUACAAGGACGUGUCGGACCUUAAGGUCAUCCACUGGAACUCGCCGAAGAAGCUGCGUGUGAAGAACAAGCACGUGGAGUUCUUCCGGAACCUGUACCUGACCUUCCUGGAGUACGACGGGAACCUCUUGCGCCGCGAGCUGUUCGGCUGUCCCAGCGAGACCGACCACAACAGCGAGAAC